GCAGCCGAGGCCGCUCGGCGCGGCGGAGGCGGCCGCGGGGUUUCCUCGGCCGGGCCGGGCAGAGCCGGGCAGGGUAGGGCAGCGAGGUGUAAGCGGCGGCAUGGAGCUGGGGUGGCUGCUGUGGGGCGCGGCAGUGCUGCUGCUGCUCCACGUCCUGAUGGAGCUCAGCCCGGCCGUCAACUUCGCUGUCCGCAUCGGCUUCUACUGCCUGCUGUGCUUGGUCAGCUCGGGGCUGACGGCUCCCGUCUGCCUCAUCGUCAACGGCGGCCGCUCCGUCAAGAACAUGAAAAUCAUCAAAAAUGUGCUCAAAACCUUCAAGUAUUUGCUUGGUGUGAGGUUUGAGGUGAAGGGGCUGGAGAACUUCGACGUGGAGGGCCCUGCUAUCAUUGUAUCCAACCACCAGAGCAUCCUGGACAUGAUGGGCCUGAUGGAGAUCCUGCCUGACAACUGUGCCCAGGUGGCCAAGAAGGAGCUGAUGUACACUGGCUCUGUGGGGCUCAUCAUGUACCUCGGGGGAGUCAUCUUCAUCAACAGGAAGAGCACCAGCAGUGCCAAGAUGGUGAUGUCAGAGGUGGCCAAGACCAUGGCAAGUGACAAAGUGAAGGUGUGGGUGUACCCAGAGGGCACCAGGAACUGCACAGGGGAUUUGCUGCCGUUCAAGAAGGGAGCUUUCCACCUCGCUGUCCAGGCACAGGUGCCAGUAAUCCCUGUGGUGUACUCCUCCUUCACUACCUUCUAUGACCCAAAGAAGAAGCUAUUUACAUCAGGCAAAAUCAAGGUUGAGGUUCUGCCUCCUAUAGAGACCAAAGGCAUGACCUCAGACGACAUCAGUGACCUCACUGACAGAUGCUUCCACACCAUGAGGGAGACCUUCCUCAGGCUCUCCGGCCGCCCGAGCCCGAGCGAGGCGAAGGACUCCUCCUAGAGGCUUCUCUGGUGGCGUCACCGUGUGGUGGUGGCCUGCAGGGACCUGUCUGUUGCCAAAUACCAAAGGAGCUUUGCUUCUGCAGCGACUUCUGACUCUGGGCACACCACGGCCUGGCCCCCGGGGUGUGGAGCCAGCGCUGAGGUUCCUCCUCGAGUGGAUUUCUCUUAUGGGUUCCUUAUCUCCCAAAUGAAACUUCUCCUUUCUCUGAAUUUCUCAGGCAUCAAACUUAUCCUACCAAAGGGCUCAAUGACCAGAGAGGUGAGUUUUUGCCCCAGCUCAGGCAGCUGGGGUGGGGUGGGAACAAAAACCUGGCCGUGGGGCAGAGCUGUGCCCCGUGCGAGUGUCCCUGCAGCAGGCAGCCAGCGCUGGCCCAGGUGGGAGCCCCCAGGCAGCAGCUGGUAGCUGCUUAACCUUGAUGCUGCCCAAACAGGGAUGAGGAUCAGGUGAAAAUCUAGCACCUGGCUCUUCAGCAGCACCCUCCCUGGGCAGCUGGGAGCCAUCAGGCACAGUGGAGCCCAGGGGCUGUCUCUGUAGCAGGGCCUGUCUCCUUGAGAGACACCCCUGGGUCACAGCAGCAUCCUGUGCUGGGGCUUUCUGUUGCCCAGGUGCUCCUGAGCCAAGUCUUUCUCUUCUGAGGGAAGCACCAUGGGCCAACACCCUCAGCUGGGCUGCAGAGGGGAAUGUGUGGGGCCAGUCAGCCUUGUAGUGUCCCUUUGGCCUUGGUUGUCGUGUCAGAACAAGCACCCCUGAGGGGUGCAGCGGUGGAGGGGGAAGCUGAAGUCCGACCAAGCCAGCAUAAAUGUUCUGGGCAGGGUUUAGCUGUCCAGCCCUGCCAGUUCAGUCAUCUUCUGAACAAAACCUCACACUUGUUCCUGCAUUCAGAGCCACCAGCCUGCUGU